UAAUAAUCUUAAAGCCCCAUCAGAAUAUAUAAAGAAUUUGAAGAAAAUAAGGACUAGAAAAGGAAUAAAUGAUAUUUUUUCAUCAAACAAAGAUCCAAAAGAUUUACAAGGAAUGUUCUCACAACUUAUCGAUUUUAAUGAAGUUUCAACAGUAUCAUUAGAUCCAUUACCAAACCAUUUACAAAAUAUUGAAGAUUGUCAUAACUACCUUCGAAUUUGGAAUCAACACUAUGAUCGAUUAUUGCAAACAAAAACAAGAAAUGAAACUAAAAGCAAUUCAUUAAUGGAUAGAUGGAAAGGAAGAGAUAUUAAAA